AUUGUGAAGAUUCAGAAGUUGAAGAUUCAGAAGUUAGAGAUUCGAAAGUUGGAGAUUCAGAAGUUGGAGAUUUGGAAGUUGGAGAUUCAGAAGUUGGAGAUUCGGAAGUUGGAGAUUUGGAAGUUGGAGAUUUGGAAGUUGGAGAUUCAGAAGUUGGAGAUUUAGAAGUUGGAGAUUCAUAA